GCCCUCCCUGACGCGGCCAGGAGCGCGGUUCCCCGGGCGACCGCGGUCAGCCACCCACCAUGGACCGCAGGGUGGUCAAGCCACCCGGACAGGACAUGGUCGUGGAGCGUCUCAAAAGCCGCUACGGCCUGGCGGGAAGCUGCCCCGUGGAGGAAUAUGACAUGAGUGGCGUGUGGGCCGCACUGAUGAAUCAACAGCGUGAGCUUUCAAAUUUUGAUCAGACUAAAUAUAAAAGAAGAAUUCCAACCUCCCCAGACAAUUUGGACACUUACUGCUCUGGAGAUAAAGUUGUUUCUACAUCAAGAUGUUACUCUGAUGAAAGGAAGCAUCCCACAACACCCUUUUGCAGUUCCUUCAAACACUUAAAUGUGAACUGCCUAGAUGAUGAACUGGAUUCUUUUCAUAAUUUAAAAAAAUGGGAAACAGAAAAAGAAUUAAUUGAAGACGAUCAUAGAGAUGGUGCCUCCAAAAUAACAAAGCAGUCAUUCAGAGAAAUAGAAAAAGAUGCCCUGCCGACCAACACAACCUCAUCAAGACUUCAGACUGAACGUUGCAGUGAUUUCGUUGACUCUCCUCUGAAACAUGGCAUUUCUCCAAAACCCAAAGUGUCAAAGAAGCAGAGUUUACUUCCACAUCACAUAAGUCAAAUAUAUGAUGAAUUAUUUCAUAUCCAUCUGAAACUGCAGUGUGAAACUGCAUCCCAGCAGAAAUUUGCUGAAGAACUUCAGAAGCGGGAACAGUUUUUAGCAGAACGAGAACAGCUGCUCUUCAGACAUGAAACUGCCUUGAGCAAAAUUAAAGGUGUUGAAGAAGAAGUUCAGACAAGAUUUCAAAUUUUAAAGGAGCAACACAGCACAGAAGUCGAGCACUUAACGGAAGCACUUAAGGAAAAGAGUAAAGAGAGCAAGAGGAUGAGGUCCUCAUUUGAUGCUCUGAGAGAGCUGAAUGAUAGCCUAAAAAAACAGCUAAAUGAAGUAAGUGAAGAAAACAGGAAGAUGGAGAUUCAGGCCAAAAGAGUUCAAGCUCGUUUAGAUAACCUACAGACAGCACUCAAUGGACAAUUAUAUGAACUGUUAAUUGUUUUCAUGAACUGGAUCUCAGACCACCAUCUUAACAAAGUGGAGCCUGAAGAACCUAGUGUGAAUGGUGAAAAACCAUCACUCAAACCUUCCCCGAGAAGUGACAUUCAAGAGAAGUGUGUGAAGCUUCUGCCUCUGAUGACAGACCAGCUCCAGUGGAUGCCUUUUGUGAACGCCAAACUGCACGAGCCAUUUGUAAAGUUUAUUUAUUGGUCUAUAAGGCAGCUGGAUGCUGGAACACAGCAUUCAACUAUGACCUCAACACUGAGGAGAUUGGGUGAAGACAUAUUUAAAGGAGUGGCAAUUAAAGGAAUUCAGGAUAAUUCUUCAGAGCAUUCUGUAGAGAACAAACCAAAGACAGCAGUAUUCUUCAAGAGCUCCAGUUUGUCGCUGAGAUUUUUAUCAACCUUGAUUGUCCUUAAAACAGUCACUCAAGCUGACUACCUAGCUCAAGCAUUUGAUUCCCUUUGUUUGGACUUGAAGACAGAUGAAGGAAAAGCCUUAUUUUUGGAGUACCAAGCUGUUCCAGUAAUACUAAGACACCUGAGGAUUUCCAGCAAAGGGCUCUUAUCCAAUGUCAUUGAUAGUCUGCUUCAGAUGACAGUAGAAUCACCGUCCUUGCAGCCUUUCCUGGAAGCCUGCAGCAACUCUUUGUUUUUCCGGACUUGUUCUGUGCUGCUCCGGACCCCUAAACUUGACCUUCACAUCCUAGAAAAGCUCAGUAUUAUCCUACAGAAGCUCUCAAAAAUCAAGAGUAAUAAGAAGCUCUUUGAAGUUUUUACCAUUCACCUGAUGCUUCAGGAAAUACAAAGGACA